ACUGAUCCCAGCCUUUCGUGGUAAAAAUACCUGGUUUGCCAACGGCUGAAAGCGGCGGACACGAGCACGAAGCAGAGAGAAAGGGCGACAACACAUCCGCCGUUGUAGCAUGUCGGACUCUGAAGGUGACAACUCCCCCGUGAUUUCCGGCUCGGAAGAAGAGACGGUGAAGACCAAGAAACGUAAGCAGUCGUCCAAGGAUGGAAAGUCAUCGAAGAAGGCGAAGAAGAGCAGUCGCGUCAUGGACGAAGACAGCGAUGACGGCGGCACCCCCAAGUCCAAGUUCGUGGACGACGAAGCAUCCGAGAGCGGAGACGACGACGAUGACGACAAGGUGAUCGAUUCUUCCGAGGAAGAACUUGACGAAGACGCCGAUACGUACGAAAAAGACGGGUUCCUGGUUGCCGACGACGAGGAGGAUGAAGAGGAAGAGGAACAACCCCGUCGGCGUCGCAAGAAGAAAGACAAGAAGGGGACGACGAAGCGAUCGCGGUUGCGCCACGGACGCGACGACCGCGACGAGUUGGACCGCGACGAUCUGGACUUGAUCCAGGAAAACUUGGGCAAGAAACCGGCGCGGGCAUAUUCCGACGACGACGAGUCGAAUUCCGACGACGAUGACGCGCGCAAGAAGAAGAAGUCGAAAGGCAAACAAACGCUGGACAAAGGGUCGAGUCACGACUUGUUUGGGUCCGAUGACGACGACGAAGACGACGAUGCCGGUGGAUCGUCGCGCGGAAAGCGGCGCGGUGGUCCGUCGGAUCAAUACAUGGACGAACAAGACUACAACAGCGAGGACGAGUUCAUCGUGUCGGACGACGACGACGGCGGUGGCGGUCCGCGGCGGCGGCGCACAAAGCGACCUGGCAGCGGGCGGCAGUCUGCCAACAUCUUACCCCAAGGUCCGUCGUUGGACCAGCUGGACGAAGCCGAGGAAUUGUUUGGCGAUGCCGAAGCGUUCUUGGAAGCUACGCGCGGGGGCGCCGCACCGACCGCCGCCAGUGUCGACCCCGACUCGGAGAAGAAGGCCAUGCUCCUCGACAAGUACGAGCCGUCCGUGUUGAAGGAGUUUCACAUGACCACAUCCGACUCGGCCGUGCGCGAACGCGACAUCCCCGAACGCAUGCAGCACUUGUUCAAGCAACGACCGACCUUUCCCGACACUGAAGAACGCGCGGAAGAAGCCGAGUGGAUGGUGGACGCUGUCCUGCGCAAGUUGGAACGGCGGCCGAGAAAAGACAUGCAUGCGCCGCCGCCAACGUUCCAUCGCAGCAACGUCGUGACCGCGAUCGAGCACGUGCUCCGGUUCUACCACGUGGAAAAGCUCGAGCCAGCCUACGUGCAGCGCUACUGCAAGGAGUACUGGAAGUCGGCGGGGCUGCACGGCGACGAGCUGUAUUUGAUCCAAGACUUGGACUUGAAGUGGGACAAGCUAGACCGCAAGCGCAAAGUGCUGCAAACGAACGUCGAAGCCGCCGUUCUGGCCAACGACACGACCGAGAGCACGACCGUGCGGUCUUGCUACCAGCAAGUGCUCCGCCAAACUCUGGACAAAGGUCUGGCGGACAUUUCGCAAGCAUUUCAAACCCUUGAAGUGAACGACAAGCCCAACAAGCAAAAGAAACGCCCAGGACGACGCACGUUCUACCAACUGUGUCUCAAGGGCGGCUUGAAGGCGCUGGCGUCUCAAUUCACGGUCAACUCUGCGAUUCUGGGCGGGGCUAUGGUCGGGUUGGUCCCGGAUUCGCAGGUCCAAGUGCCCACGCCCCACGUGGCGCUGGCCGAAACGUGCAUGCCGUACCUGAGCGCCGACUUUCCGUCCGUGAACGACGUGCUCAAAGGCGCGCGGCACGUAGCGGCCACGCAGUUGGCGUCGGAUCCGAACGUCCGUGCGCGGAUGCGCGAGAUUUACCUGCGCCACGCGGUGGUGUUUACGGAUGCGACGUUGAAGGGCGUGGAUGAAGUGGACGAGUUCCAUUACUGCCAUGGGCUGCAGUACAUCAAGGACAUGCCUGUGACGGAGCUGAUGGACACGGACUUGUACAUGAAGCUGCUCAAGGGUGAGCAGGAAGGCGUGGUGACCAUCCAUUUUCAAAUCGAGCCCCAGCACUUGAUUGAGCCGUUGGAAGCUGCGUAUUUGGACCCAAAGCACGCGAGCGAGGAGUGGCAGUCACAACGUCGCGAUAUUGUGCGCGAAGCCGUGGGGGGCACGUUGGUGCCGACGCUCCAGGAAGAAGUCAAGGCCGACUUGGUCACGUCGUCGCAGGACGUGGUGCUGGCGCGAUGCAGCCGCUUGAUGAAGGAGCGGCUGCUCGUGCGUCCGUUCGAAGCCAAGGACUUGCUGGAGCCCCAUAUCAUGGGAGUGUUUGUGGACAACUCGACGGACGAGCCGGUUGCGUACAUGGUUGCGCUCGACGAAAACGGCGACGUGACCGACAAGGUCCAAGGACGGUGCAAGACGCCCAACUGCUUGGCGCAGCUGACGGUGAUCCUCACGACAUUUUUGGAAGACCACCCGCGGAUUUCCGCGGUCGUGCUCAACACGAGCGGCGGCAACAAGAGCAUGGACGUCGGCGAGUUGGUCGACGUUGUGCGCAACAAGAUCCGCCGCCACGUCCAGCACGACCCCGAGUACCUCCACGUGACGUUUGUCAAGGAUGACGUGGCGCGCAUGUAUGCCAAGUCCAAGCGCGCCGAAGUCGAGUUCCCCGAAGAAAUGGAGGGCACGCGCGCGGCCGUGGGGGUCGCGCGGUACUUGCGCAACCCGCUCUCGGAACUGUGUGCGAUCUGGGGCUUUGUGCCCCUCGAAGAGCCCGGGCGCGGCAAGGAGCUGCUCUACCUGACGGUGGACCCGCUGCAGCAAAUGGUCAACCAAGAGAUGCUGUUGCGCGCGUACGAACGCGUGUUCAUCCAAGCAGUCAACAAGGUCGGCAUCGACGUGAACGUGAGCUCCAACUUCACCCACGCGUCGUACGGCUUGCAAUUUGUCGCAGGGCUGGGGCCCGUCAAGGCCAUGACGUUGAUUGAAAAGGUGCGCUUGAGCGGCAACUUGGAGAAACGGCAGGACUUGCACCGGAUUCUGUCGGACAAGGUCGUGUACCGCAACUGUGCGGGGGUGCUGCGCAUUCGGGAACGUGAUGCGCUCAAGGACGCGGCGCUCAACCCGCUGGACGACACGCGCAUCCACCCCGAGAGCUACUACAUGGCGGUGAAAAUCUGCGGGGACGCCAACAACAACACGACGAUGGACCUUUACGACCCAGACCAGUACUCGUACGCGGUGGAAGACACAAUGUUUCAGUCGGCGACCGCGAUCAAGGCGGCGAUGGAACGGAUGGCCGAGGAACGGAUCACGCCGCCACCUUUCAAGCGGUUAGACGACGCGGAAAUCGCCGACUCGUUGGCCGAUUUGGACCUCCCCGCGUACGCCCAGCGCCUGGAAAUGCAGCAGAAAGGGCUCAAGCUGCACACGCUGGAAAGCAUCAAGCAAGAGCUGCGGUACCCGUACUUUGACACGCGGCACAAGUACAAAGACCCGAUGUUGGAAGACCUGUUCUUCUUGCUCAACGGCGAGACUCGCGAGACGUUGCGCGUGGGCAUGGUCGUGCCAUGCAAGUUGAUCAAAUCCGCGGGCGAAGCCAACGUGAUUGUUGAGUUGCAUUCUGGGAUCCGCGCGCAGCUCAAGAAGGACAAUUUGCCGUCGUUUCUGACCCAAGACGGCAACAAGUACCUCCGCGAGCACGGUUUUCCCCGCGGCAUGCAAGUGAACGCCAAGAUCAUCGACAUCGUGCCGGACGGCGACCGGUACGUGCUGGCGCUAGCGUGCGACGACCGUUCCAUCCUGACCAUGACGGAAGAGUGCUUCAAUCGCCGCGGGAUCCCAACGUGGACCGACGUGGAUCGCGUGAUUGACGACAGCAAAGCGCGGUACGACCGCCUGGUCAACAAACUGCCGAGUCCAGACAAGGAAAAGGAUUGGAACAAACUCAUGCCGGUGGGCGGGCCCGUGCGCAAGAAGCGCCAAAUCGUGCACCCCGUGUUCAAGAACGUGACGCUGAAGGGGUGCAUGACGCUGAUGAAGGAGCUUCUCCCGGGCGACGUGAUCCUUCGGCCGGCGAGCAAGGGGUCGGACCAUUUGAGCUUGACGUGGAAGAUCGACACGGCCGUGUACCGCCACUUCGACGUGCACGAGCUGGACAAACCCACGGAGGGACGCAUUGGGGCCAAGUUGGUGGUCAAGAAGGAAGUAUACGACUCGAUCGACGAACUCAUUGCGCGGCUGAUCGACCCCAUGAACGCAUACCUUGAAGAGAUCCGCGAGCACAAAAACUACCGGACCGGCGACAGCCACACGAUUGGCGACGACCUCGUGCAGCAAAAGAAAGCGAUGCCCCAGAGCGUGCCGUGGGCACUGCACGUGUACCACAAAUACCCCGGUUGCUUUUCCAUCACGUACGUCGCGCGCACGUCGCCUCGGUCGUUUCACUUUGAAGUGAAACCGAAUGGAUUGCGCUUCUUUGGCGAACUCUCGUGCGAAAUCCCGAUCCCGUCGCUGGCCAAGGCGGUCGCGUUCUUCAAAAAGUCCGCCGCCAAUCCCCCGAAACGCCGAGACCCCCCAAUCAAGCCGACGUCGACGGCGCCGUUUCAAGGGGCGGCGUCAUAUGGAGGCACGUACCCCCCUCCUCCGCCGCCGCCUUCCCGGGACAACCACCAUCCGUCGUACUACGACCAAAACCGACACCGCAACAACUUUGACCAAGGACGUCCACGGGACGACCGGCGCUAUUAAAACCGCUCUCCGAUGAAGGGUAUUACAUACGGUAGCUACUGUGGUGGCGUCGUGCGAGUAAAAAAUACACUAUAAAGUAACUACGGAGGACGUGACACUUGAG